UUAUGAUAUCUUAAUUGACUUUGCCGGAGGCAGUAUUGUCCAGUUUCUUCGUUCGUGUUUUCUUAGUAAGAAACAAAACGCAGCCUCAGUUACCAGCAAAAUCACUGGCUGGAGCCGGAAGUCAGCAUACAGCAUUCAAACUCUUACAAUUCAAAGACCUCUCAAGAGAUUGUUGUUGGCCAAGGAAGGAAAACAAAAGCCUCGUCAGCAGAAUAACAAUAUUGUUCUGCGGCUUAAUGUAAGAUGUAUUUGGUUUUUGAGCAAUAAAACUGUCCGGUGAACAGAAGUUUUGAGAUUAAGUAUGGAAAGGGCUCGUGUCUUUGCAGUUACCAUUCUUACAAUUUUGAACACUAUGAUGGCUUGUUGCGAGAGUAACUUUACUCAAGAGGAUUCUAAUUCAAGCUGCCUGCAGGCAUCUUCUCCAGUUAACGCUUCUAUGAGAGCAGCUUAUUGUAUAUUUUACGAGUAUAAGGGCGAAUUAUGUAAAAACAUAAUUACAAGCCAGUACGUUUAUGGUGACCAAUCCACGCUGGAUUCUAGUGAAACGGAAACUGGAAAUUUAAUUUUUCUCAACUUGUUUAAAAUUACGCCGGAGUGCAACCUCACAUUAAGAGAGUUGUUCUGUCGCUAUCAUUUCCCACAGUGCGAUGAAUCACUGGGGCGGCCUAAAAAACGUCGGAUUUGUCGCAGCUCAUGCGAAUAUUUGGACCAAUUCGUUUGUAAACCAGAAAUAGCUUUAAUUAGAGAUACACCGAACUUAGGAAUUGACAAGGACAUGAUAAAUUGCUCAAGCUCUAAGUUUGUUGAUGCAAAUGGUGGCGAUGCUCCUGAGUGCUAUCAAUGGUAUGAUCUUCCUGGUGAUGACACUGAGAGUACAGAUUGUUACCAUGGUGUGGGAGUUGGUUACCGUGGCGACGUUAACAUAACUCAGACUGGCCGUCCAUGUCAGCCUUGGAAAUCACAGUGUCCUCAUCGUCACUGGCGGACUCCUAAAGAUGUUGCUGAUUCCAAAAAUGACUCAAACAUGUGUCGUAACCCGGACAGCAGUGCCCCGGAUGGACCCUGGUGUUACACCACUGACCCAAAUGUUAGAUGGGAAUAUUGUAACGUACCUCGAUGUACGCCAAGAGUUCCAGAAGAGGCUCCCACUUUCCUUAAAGGCCGUCCUCUCAAUUCAACUGCGAUUUUAAUAUCUUGGAAGAACGUACCUCCUUCUCGUCACAAAGAAAAACUGUUGGGUUACCGGAUUCGAUAUCGGAGCCUCGAUUCCGAGCUCUAUAAAGAAGUAAAUACUACGAGCAACUUAACUCAGAAUGUUGUUACAAAGCUCCGCCCAAACACAGCAUACGAGAUUAUAGUCAAUGGAUUCAAUGAAAUUGGCCACGGGCGACCUAGCACGGUUCUUGUGUUAAAGACCCUGUCUUUUGGUGAAGACAUAUUUGAGGUGGACUUCCAGCUGAUAAUACACUCUGACUUCACCAGCGAUCUACUUAACAGUAGUAGUAAAAGGUUCUUGGAAGUGGCUGAAGUCAUUAGAAUCUCAAUAAAACACCACUUUAAUAAAUCUUCUAUGUUGAAGAUAUAUGACGUCAUAACUAUGCAGUUCAGAAAUGGCAGCUUAAGGGCAGACAUUAAAGUCCUUGCAACGAUAAAUACAAACAAAACGGACAAAGAUGAUGCUCUGAAUCAGUUGAUAGGAGGGGUGCGUUCGUCAUUUGGAGAUCGACUCAGAGUUACUUCCAUACUCGUUCAGGAGACACCAAGGCCUCCGAAAAAUAUCUUCGUAAAGAAUGCACAGACAACAUACUUUAUUUUGACUUGGGAUGAACCAGAAUAUGGUAGCUUAUACCAGAUACACAACUACAUAAUAGAACGAAAGAUAUCAAGACUGAAAAACUUUACCGCCGUUUGGACAGUUCCAUAUCCUAAAACCAGAAUGGUUAUAGAGAACUUAGAUCCUUCCACGGAAUACACCAUCAGAUUAUCAAGUAACAACAUGUACGGAAGGUCAGAGGGUGUACUGUUAACACAGAAUACACUUCCAGACAGGUUCAUCAGAGAUUUGAUGUUGGUUAUAGUCUUGCCCCUGUUUUUAGCUGCUGCAUUUAUAUUGGCCGUUUGCUUAAAGCUUCGGCCAACAUGUAAAUCCAAACGGAAAAAAAGAGAGAUUGAGCUCUCCAUCGGAAUUGGAAACUGGGUUGAGAUUCCCAGAUCAGAUAUUACCCUUCAAGACAAGCUGGGGGAUGGUGCCUUUGGGGAAGUUUACAAAGGCUUGGUGUGUAUGGAUGGGCAGGAGAGAGCAUGCGCAGUAAAAAAGCUUAAAGCGAAUGCUACAGAAACAGAGAGACGGGACCUGAUAAACGAGCUUGCAAUUAUGGUCACAGUUGGUGAACAUCCUAAUGUUCUAAGCCUUAUUGGAGCUUGUACCAAGAGUGGGUCAGUAUUGGUGAUUGUUCGUUUAGCCCCCAAUGGCUGUCUUUUGGACCAACUGAGGAGGAACAGAGAAAAUCCGUAUUACAAAGUUCCAAAAAAACAAAUAAACUUCACGCCCCAGGACAAAGUGAAGAUCGCAAGAGAUGUAGCUCGUGGAAUGUUACACCUGGCCAGCAAAAAGUGUGUUCAUCGUGACCUUGCAGCAAGAAACGUGCUCCUUGGCGAGAUGAAUGUUGCCAUGGUUUCCGACUUCGGCUUGUCACGUGAUGUGUACGAAAGUGGUGAAUAUGAAAAUGCAUCUGGGGGAGUGUUACCGGUUCGUUGGAUGGCUCUUGAGUCUUUGGAGGAUUAUACCUACAGCACAAAGACAGACGUAUGGUCCUUUGGAGUGUUAUUAUGGGAGAUUGAAUCUGGAGGUAAAAUGCCAUAUUCCGGUCUUGGUGGAAUGGAAAUAAUCGAAUUUCUAAAAACAGGACAAAUAUUAUCAAAGCCGGAUGGAUGCUCUCCUGAAAUCUACGAUAUCAUGAAGUCAUGCUGGAGUUUGGAUCCUGCAAAGCGUCCGUCAUUUUCUGAGCUUUUGGAAUUACUCGAGGGAGAACUGAAAACCGAAGACGACUCCUUGAAGGAUACGAAUGACCAUGAUUCUGAAAAGAACUGACUGGUUUAUGAAUUUGUUGUCAGAUCUGAAGGGUAUUGUGGUAUUGAAGAUUACGUAACUUUUACUGCAAUUUAAUUGGCUCAAUUAAAUAAGGUGGACAAUGGUACCUAUGUGGAGUCAUUUAUGUUCCACCUAUAUGUUGACUUAGUAAUUGAUAUUUUGUGCUUACUUGCAACUGAGCGAAAGAAUAGGACUUUGUUUGAGUUAGAUCCGGCAGUCAAGAUAAAAGGAAAUUACAUAUUUAGAAUGCUUUUUGCAAUCAAUAAUCUCGCAGAAGAAGAAAUCUUCAAAAUAAAAGUUACGUAGAGUACACACAAGCAAUGAAGAAGUAACAAGAACAAAAGGCUAGAGAUGAAGACUUAUCGACUCAGACUGCAAAGGGUAAAGUCAGGCUAAUUUUUCUGUUUUCAACAUUGCACGAAAGGAGAUCCCGUCCAUUUAGUUAUGGUUCGUUUUCUCCAAGAGUCGGUCAGAGUAACUGUUAGCAUGAUUCUUAAUAGACUCGAUUGUAGCCUCUUAAAGUUCACUCAACUCCAAAAUAGUUCAUUUCGUUUGAGGGUGUUAAGCAUUUUGCUGUUCACGCGAUCACUUGUUUUCCAGCGGUAAUUAUCCAUCCAUUACUUUACUUUACAAUUCGGUUCUUGUUAGUUUUGCGUUUUAAUGUUAUGGACAUUAAGUACAUGAGCUUGAAACCCAAGCAAGGACAAGUUAUCCAAAACACCAAGAUGAAUGUUAAUCACUGGUGGGUUUCUUACUUUAAGAUUAAUCAAUGAAGUUUUGUCUUAAGAUAAUUCUCUGCGUCGAAAAAAGCUACAUCUAGUUAUAGUUUUGUAGCUCUUUAGAAAUUAGAAGCUAAAGGUAACUUAAAGCUCUCUGUUCUCGUGACAGUGCAAAUGAUUUGAAAAUAAAACUAAACUAAUGAUUUUAUU